UCUUUGAUAGAACAAUUACAAAUCCAAAUUCUUAUCUAUUGACAGUGACCACUAUGUUUGAAAGAAAAUUAAAUCACGGCAUAUCCAUCGCCAUUUCCCCUUCAGCCGGCUGAUGGAACACAUGAUACAAAAUUAAGCAUUUAAGAACAAGCAAUGACUGGCGUAGAGCCGUAGACUUCACAGUAGAGGACGACUCCAAUUUCUCUAUUUGUUAAACCCAUCAAAAUGGGGCAACGUUCAUCCCUAUGAAUCUGCACCGACUCCACCGGAAACAAUGGCGACGAUAGCAGUUAUACUGUUGAUAUUACUCUCGAUUGAUCGGAAAACCCUCGCUGAUUCCGUUAAACAGCCGGAAGCGAUUGGUUAUGGGUACUCUCUCCGAUCUAUUGCCCUAGGUUCAUCGGGAAAAUCAUUGGUCGCUGAUCUUCAACUCAAUAAGAAAUCUUCGUUGUUUGGACCUGACAUCGAUGAGCUUAAACUCUUCGCAAGCUUUGAAACAACCGAUUGUUUGAGGAUUCGAAUCACCGAUGCUAAGCACCAAAGAUGGGAAAUUCCAACCCACGUCCUUCCGCGCCAACCACGAACGUACAAUUUUCCCCCAAAAUCUGACCAAAAAAUUCCGUCAAAACUUCUCCUCUCAGAUCCCGCCUCCGACCUCAGCUUAACCCUCCACAACACCACCACCACCACAACCACCCAAUUCGGAUUCACAAUAACCCGUCGUUCCACUGGCGAUAUACUCUUCGACACAUCUGACACUGUCCUCAUCUUCAAAGAUCAGUACCUCGAACUAACAUCUUCCCUUCCCGCUAACCGAUCCUCCAUCUACGGCAUCGGAGAACAUACCAAGCGUUCGUUCAAAUUAACGCACAAUCAAACCCUAACGCUUUGGAAUGCUGAUAUCGGAAGCGCUAACCCUGAUGUCAAUCUAUAUGGUUCACAUCCUUAUUAUAUGGAUGUCAGAUCGCCGGAUUCUGAUGGUAAAGUGGUGGCGGGGACUACCCACGGUGUAUUGUUGCUCAAUAGCAACGGGAUGGAUGUUCAGUAUAAAGGUGAUAGUAUUACGUAUAAGGUAAUUGGAGGUGUUCUUGAUUUCUACUUCUUUAGUGGGCCUUCGCCUACAUUAGUCAUGGAUCAGUACACUCGUUUAAUCGGACGACCAACUCCCAUGCCCUAUUGGUCCUUCGGAUUCCAUCAGUGUCGAUGGGGUUACAAAGAUGUUGAUGAUCUUGAGAGUGUUGUUGCUGGAUAUGCAAAAGCCAAUAUCCCGCUAGAGGUUAUGUGGACAGAUAUAGACUAUAUGGAUGCUUAUAAAGAUUUCACUUUAGACCCUAUUAAUUUUCCUUUGGAUAAAAUGUCAGCAUUUGUUAAAACUCUUCACCAAAAUGGUCAGAAAUAUGUCCUCAUAUUAGAUCCAGGUAUCAGCGUGAACACAACAUAUGAAACUUACAUAAGAGGACUAAAAGGCGAUAUCUAUAUAAAACGUGAAGGAAUACCGUAUGUAGGCGAGGUUUGGCCUGGAAGUGUUAACUUCCCGGAUUUUUUAAAUCCAAAAGGAAGAAUCUUUUGGGGCAAUGAAAUCAAUAGAUUCCACAAUCUUCUUCCAUUCGAUGGAAUCUGGCUUGACAUGAAUGAAGAAUCAAAUUUCAUUUCCUCCCCUCCAAUUCCCACUUCAAAACUCGACAACCCUCCAUAUAAAAUCAACAACUCUGGAACCCAAAUGCCUAUUAAUAACAAAACCGUUCCUGCAAGUUCUUUGCAUUUUGGGAACAUCACUGCUUAUGAUGCACAUAACUUGUAUGGAUUUAUGGAAGCCAGGUCAACAAAGGCAUCUUUGGUCAAAAUAACAGGAAAACGGCCGUUUAUACUUUCGAGAUCGACGUUUGUGGGGUCCGGAAGAUUUACAGCACAUUGGACUGGAGAUAAUGCUGCGACAUGGGAUGACUUGGCGUAUUCCAUUCCGAGUAUUUUGAAUUCCGGGUUAUUUGGGAUUCCGAUGGUGGGGGCUGAUAUUUGUGGUUUUUCUGGAGAUACUACUGAAGAACUCUGCCAGAGAUGGAUUCAGUUGGGUGCUUUUUACCCAUUUGCAAGAGACCAUUCCGACAUACAAAGCACAAGACAAGAGCUUUACCUUUGGGAUUCAGUAGCAGCAACAUCUCGAAAAGUCCUCAGCCUUCGUUACCAAAUGCUCCCUUAUCUCUACAUGUUAAUGUACGAAGCCCAUUCAAAAGGCACUCCCAUCGCACGACCUCUCUUCUUCUCAUUCCCGGAAGACACCAACACCUACGAUAUCAGCACACAGUUUCUCCUCGGAAAAGGUGUAUUAAUCUCCCCUGUUUUGACCCCAAAUACAGUUUCUAUCGACGCAUACUUUCCAUCUGGAAACUGGUUCGAUCUAUUCAACUAUUCCAAUUCGGUGAGUGUAGAAUCCGGGAGUUAUGUCACACUCGAUUCACCUGCUGACCAUAUAAACGUUCAUAUUCGCGAAGGGAAUAUAAUCGCGUUGCAGAGAGAAGGUUUGACCACGGAAAUAGUCAAGGAGUCGCCGUUUCACAUACUGGUGGCGGUUGGUGGGAGUGAGAAUAGCACCGGGGAGGUGUUUUUGGAUGAUGGGGAGGAAUUAGGGUUUGGGGGAGAAGGUGGGAACUGGACAUUGGUGAGAUUUUCGACGCGAUUUGAGGGGAAAGUUGUGAUUUUGAGAUCGGAGGUGGAGAAUGGAAGUUUUGCGUUGAGUCGGAAGUGGAUUAUCGAGAAGCUGACGUUUAUUGGGUUGGAAAAUGUUUCAGGGAAGACUGCUUGUGAUGACGUGGGACAUACAGGAACAGUGAAGAUUUGUGGUGUUGGGAAGUUCCGUACGGUGGAGAUGAUGGGUUUGUCAAUGUUGAUAGGUGAAGGGUUCGAGUUCACGUUGGACCUUGGCGGCGGCGGUGGUGAAGAAACAAGAAGAAAAUUAUAGUUUUAUAAAAUAUUUAUCGGUUGUUAAAAUAUACCACUAAUAAAAUAUUUUUCGGUUGUUAAAAUAUACAACGAAUAGUCUUUAUGAGGUAUUUUGUACAUUUUAAUUUA